GCAAGGAACUUUUCCAUCUAUUACGAUGGUCUAUGGUCGCAGCGUGGCUUAUUUACCGUUCGUUUUCGUCAUUAAUUAUUUAUAUUGUCACAAUAUGAAAUGAACACAUACGUUCAGCGUCGAGAAACAAAAUAUUACUGACCACGGUCUCAUAGAUAGCAAGUGUUCAUUACGCGUUUGAGAUGUUAACCUACAAAAGUAUCAACGAUAAUGCACGAUAACCUGAGAUUUGGCGGUUCGCAUAAAAUUAGGAGACUCUUGGUGUCGAGUUGGAAAGUGAAUCGCAGUUUGCCCUUUUCAUCUUUCUGAAUCGAUGAAUGUGAGAUAGAUCGACAUUUCGCAGCUUAUACUUAUGCCGUUCGCGUCCAAGUCGUAACUAUGUCGAAUCCGGGUAGAAAAUCCAGCGAACCAUAUCGCGAAUUGGAAGAAUCGCACGGCGCCGAGCUAAAUGUCUGCGCCCAGAGCACGUCGAGUUGCCCAACAAGUCUCGAAAAUGGAACUGAACGAUCCAUGGAGCUCUCCUCCGUCGUUGUCAUACCUGAUGACACGUUCACUGUGGUACAAGCUAUCAAUGCAUUGGGCUUUGGUAAAUUCCAAGUCAAACUCUCUCUGUUCACGGGUCUCUGUUGGAUGGUAGAUAGUAUGGAGAUCACCAUACUGAGCAUCCUGAGUCCAUCCUUGCAUUGCGAUUGGGGCAUCUCUAGAUAUCAACAAGCACUGACAACAACGGUGGUCUUCCUUGGCAUGAUGCUAAGUUCUACGUUCUGGAAUAAUUUAAGCGAAAGAUACGGUCGUAAACAAGCUUUAACUUUGUGCGCUGUGCUGCUGUCUUACUACGCCUUUCUCAGCUCGUUCGCGCCAAACUUCCUCUGGAUUUUGCUGCUUCGGGGAGUUGUAGGGUUUGCUAUUGGUUGUGUACCGCAAUCAGUGACAUUGUACGCGGAAUUCCUUCCAGCGAAGCAAAGAGCAAGAUGCGUUAUUUUGUUAGACUGUUUCUGGGCGCUCGGAGCUUGUUUCGAGGUCGCGAUUGCACUAAUUGUCAUGCCCAAUUUCGGCUGGAGAUGGCUUCUCAUAUUGUCGUCCAUUCCGCUGUUCAUAUUCGCUGUAAUAACGCCGUGGCUCCCAGAAUCCACAGUAUUCGACAUGACAACUGGAAGAAUAGAUCGCGCGAUCUCUACGUUGGAACGCGUAGCCAGAGAAAAUAAAAAAUCGUUACCUCUAGGUAGACUAGUUAUGGACCGCUUUUAUCAAGGUCACCAUGGACAAUUUAGAGAUGUUCUGAGCAAGGAGAUGUGCAAAACGUCCGCUUUACUCUGGCUGGUUUGGAUGAGCACAGCGUUUUGCUAUUACGGCGUGGUGUUAAUGACUACCGAACUCUUUCACACAUCCUCAGAGCAAUGCGGCACGUGGGACACAAGCAAGGAGGAGGACACGUGCGAAUUCGAUUGCCGACUACGACGCGGCGAUUACAUCGAUCUGCUUUGGACAACGUUGGCGGAAUUUCCCGGCAUUUUUUCUACUGUGUACGCGAUCGAGAAGAUCGGCAGGCGGAAGACGAUGGCCUGCCAAUUAGUAAUGUUCGCCAUGGUGAUCUGCUUCCUGGGUAGGACCUGCCUGUUGAGCAGAGCGGCCUUGACCAUCGCCAUUUUUCUAGCUAGGGGCUUGAUCGCCGGCGUGUUUCAAGCCGCGUACGUGUACACGCCGGAGGUGUACCCCACGCAUUUACGUAGCAUAGGUGUGAGCGCGUGUAGCGCCAUGGCGCGAAUCGGCGCAAUGGUUACACCGUAUAUAGCGCAGGUGUUCCUGCAAUGGUCCAUCACGGGAGCAAUGGCGAUCUACGCAACAACGGCGUUGUGCGCCGCGAUCGCCACACUCGCGCUUCCCCAAGAUCCAAAUGAAGAUACCGAAUGGAAUGAUAUUCUCAGAAGAAAAGGCAUCAUACCUGAGAAGGAGAAGGAGAAAGAAGUUACUGAAGAUCAAAUAGUAAAUCUUUUGGAGAAUACUAUAGAUGAAAAAACAGGACGUGCUCCAAAUAACUUGGAGGAAAAAUCUCUGGAUGAGUUAGAUGAACUAGAGGAUGAAGAGGACGAACGAGUACUAGAAGCAUAUCGACAAAAGAGAAUAGCAGAAUUAAAGGAGCUGGCUAAUAAAUCCAAAUAUGGGCAGGUACGAGAAAUAUCAGCAGAAGAUUACGUUCAAGAGGUUAACAAGGCUGGAGAGGAUAUCUGGGUUGUUCUGCACCUUUACAAAUCUGGUAUUCCGCUCUGUACUCUAGUCAAUAUGCAUCUUACCAAUCUAGCAAGAAAGUUUCCUACCACAAAGUUUUUGAGAAGCAUUUCUACUACUUGUAUUUCCAACUGGCGAGACAGUAAUCUUCCCACAAUAUUCAUCAUUCACAAUGGGAACGUGAUAAAACAAAUUAUUGGACCACUCGAGUUCCGUGGUAUGAAAUUGACUGAAGGAGAAUUAGAGUGGAUGUUGGGACAAGUAGGAGCAGUACCAACAAAGAUCAAGGAAGAUCCUCGACCCAAAGUGAUGGAUGUUUUAUUUUCAAGCCUGAGGAACGAGAAUGAAAAUCUUGAUGAUGACAACGACUGGUAAUCUUGCCUAUAUUAGGUAAUUGCAGAUACACGAGUAAACAAAUGUAAUAAGUAUUAUGGGAUUUACGUGCGGAAAGAGUUUACAUUUUAUUUAUUUUAUACAUUUAUUACCGCACAAUUAAAAGUUAAUCCAUUUGCAGAGAAACAUAUUAUUUUCCAAAUUUAUACACUCUCGUUUAUACCAAUAAAAUAUUUUACUACGUGUUA